AUGUCCCUGAUCUGCUCGAUCUCCAAUGAAGUGCCCGAGCACCCAUGCGUGUCCCCUGUCUCUAAUCAUGUUUAUGAGCGGCGGCUCAUUGAGAAGUAUAUUGCGGAGAAUGGCACAGACCCCAUCAACAACCAGCCCCUGUCCGAGGAGCAGCUCAUCGACAUCAAAGGUGCCCGGCGGCUGGCCUCCGUCCGGGGCUGUUGUAACUCCAAGCUUGACAGGGGCUUGCACAGUGCCAGCAUUCCUGGGAUCCUCGCCCUGGACCUCUGCCCUGCCGACACCAACAAGAUCCUCACUGGAGGGGCGGAUAAAAAUGUUGUCGUCUUCGACAAGAGUUCUGAGCAAAUCCUGGCCACCCUCAAAGGCCAUACCAAGAAAGUCACCAGUGUGGUGUUCCAUCCUUCCCAGGAGCUGGUGUUUUCUGCCUCCCCAGAUGCUACUAUCAGGAUCUGGUCGGUCCCGAAUGCCUCUUGUGUGCAGGUUGUUCGGGCCCAUGAGAGCGCAGUGACGGGCCUCAGCCUCCAUGCCACUGGGGACUAUCUCCUGAGCUCCUCUGAUGACCAGUACUGGGCCUUCUCUGACAUCCAGACAGGGCGUGUGCUCACCAAGGUGACAGAUGAGACCUCUGGCUGUUCUCUCACCUGUGCACAGUUCCACCCUGAUGGACUCAUCUUCGGAACAGGCACCAUGGACUCGCAGAUCAAGAUCUGGGACUUGAAGGAGCGCACCAACGUGGCCAACUUCCCUGGCCACUCGGGCCCCAUCACCAGCAUUGCCUUCUCAGAGAAUGGCUAUUAUCUGGCUACGGCGGCUGAUGACUCCUCUGUCAAGCUCUGGGAUCUGCGCAAACUUAAGAACUUUAAGACACUGCAGCUGGAUAACAAUUUUGAGGUGAAGUCACUGAUCUUCGAUCAGAGUGGUACCUACCUGGCCCUUGGGGGCACAGACGUCCAGAUCUACAUCUGCAAGCAGUGGACAGAGAUCCUUCAUUUCACAGAGCAUAGCGGCCUGACCACAGGGGUGGCCUUUGGGCACCACGCCAAGUUCAUCGCUUCAACGGGCAUGGACAGGAGCCUCAAGUUCUACAGCCUGUAG